AUGCCACCCGUGAGCGAAACCCUGCAGUACAUGCACAAGUUUCACAAAGAGAUCUGUGGCUUGCGCGAGGUCGUCUACCAGCACUUUGCCGAGACCGACGAGAAGGUAACUUGCUGGCUGGACGUGAACUGCUCAGACAGUAAGGGCGCUGCUCUGGAGUUUUUUCGCUUGCAGUACCAAGUGUCCUGCAUGGACUGGGUCGCAUCAGGUCUCAGCAAAUCCGCUCAGAUUGAGUACGUUCGUGACACCGGGGUUGCCGUCAGGGGGUGUGCCAGUCCCGACAGUGUGUGCCAGGACCUCAACCAGAAGCUCAAGGCAAAGGGCUUCGGCUUCAGGCUGGAGACGCGCAUCCAGCAGGCGCCUUUGGAGAUGGCUUCCCGGAUGUACCCCGGGCUGUGUUGGCAAAGUGAUGCUGCUAUGCCAUGGACAGAGUUCGCGAGGCUCAGAAAAGCAUGCCGCGAGCACAUUGCACUGGGCCGCGCCAGGCAGAACACGCGAGACUUCUGUGAACUCGCAGCCUCUGUACUGUCGCUUCGCAUCAACAUCCCCACGGCAGCAGAUGCCAACAAACAGUUGAUCGAGCAGUGGUUGCCCGGGCCUGGCGUGUGGCGCCUGCAUGACAAGGGCGACAUUCUCGAGCCCAUUUUUGAGGUCAUUAAAGGAUUGGCACUCCCCAACCAGGAGCCCAUGUUUCCACUCAAGAGCGUUGAGUUUGCCAAGAGCUUGGUGGUGCCGGUGGUUGCCCUGCUGGCUGCAAGGCCUCCGAUGGCUCCUCUUGAUGGCGAACACUCGCGUGGGAAGAUGGUUUUCCAUGAUGGCGUCAUCUUUGACUUUGUAAGUGGCGAAGCUCGCAAGGUCACCGCUGCAGACCGGCAGAUGUUCCGUGUGAAGUUCCCCUUUGAGCCCUGGCAGCCCAGCAAUGACCUGGGAGUGUUCUCGAAGAUAGAGACUUGGAUUAAGGAGAACUGCAAUCAGAAGAGUGCUUGCUUCGAGAACACGGAGUUAGGGCGAACCAUCAUCGAGGACUUGACCGCGCUUGCAAGGGAGUGUGAGGUUCUUGCAGUGUUGCGAGGCAUAUGGGAUUGGGAGACCGUUCUACAUUUCGGGAGGUCGUUGACCGCAACGGCGCUGGCUACGUGCGAAAAGAACGUCAUUCCUUACUUCUUCGGGCCCCCCCUCUCAUCUAAGGAUGUUGUUGCCAUGCUGGCCUACACUUUUUUGAGUGGAGAUCAGGACGGGUACGCGGUCUGCCUCAACGGGUCCUACGCAACCGGCCGAACUGAUGGAUCUGGUGAUGCUGCUACUCCGCAAGUUGCAGCAUGCCAAAAGAAACGCUUGGUCUUGUUCAGCGAAGUCCCGGACCGUGGCUUGCGGGGGCACAUGCUGAAGAUGCUGUGUGAGCAUUGCGGAGUACCAGCCACAAGCCGGCAGCUGUGUCAACAGCUGGAAAGUUGGAUCUCGCUGGCGUCGCCAUGGCUGACAUCCAAUUUCACGCCCAGCAAUCACUUCUUGGAUGAAGGCUUGCAGAGGCGCCUGGACAUCUUCGAGAUGUCUACAACGCACAGUGCUCUUCCAGAAGGCUUUCAAGGUCUUGCGGACGACGCUUUGAAGCCGCGGGUCUGCCGGGGCUUUUUCAACCAGCAGCUGCUGUGGCUCGUCAAAGGCUUGGCCGGUUCGGUGCAAACUGCUUGCAGUCCAGGCACGCGAUUGCUCCCUCGCCCUCCCUGCAUGGUGGAGCGGGACAGCGCCAUGCAGUUACUCAAGCAUGAUGGCCGCACCUUGCAGCGCUUUGUGGAAGAGGAGUGCGAUCAUGACGUUCAUCGGAGUGUGGCAUCCGGUCUUUGGGAGUUCAGAAUGGCCGCUGCGAAGUACUUGGGUGGUGGCACGACUCCCGACCAGGUUAUGAAGAUGUGUGCCACGGCUGGUUUGAAGGAAGAGAGUCGUGGUGCACUUUCUCAGGGUCAGAAAGGGCGCGUCUACAUCAUGAAGUCCAAGACGGGUGGCUCGGGUGCUUUGCGCGUGAGAGUGAAAGAGAAUGAUUUGGCACAGGCUUCCGCGGCGUUGGCGAAGCAGUACAAUCCGUUUUUCCGAGUGACUCCGCUUCUGAGUUUGCCACUCUUUGCUUUUCCAGCCGUGCCUUUCACGGAGAUACAGAUACAGCUCUGGCUUUGA